GAAGUCUGUCUUCCAACAACCACAAGCAUCGACGUCGUCGGGAGAGCCAGAGGGUGCCAGGCCACGUAUUAGGCUAACUAUCAAACCUCUGAAACUCAAAUCCGCAACUCCUUCAACGUCAUCUGUUAACUCACCAUCCCAUGAAACGCCAGAAUCCACACCUGCACUGAGCCAUGCACGAAACUCAAUCACGAUCAAGCCAUUGAAGCUCAAACCGUUGCGAUCGAACUCUAUUGCUGAGACGCAGCCGGCAGUUUUCCAAGAUGAAGAAGUGAAACCUCGUCCGAAGAUAAAAAUCAAGCCGCUCAGACAGACCUCAGUAGCCAAUGUUGACCCGGAUGCGAUGGACGUGGAUGAGCCGCCGCCACCUGAACCUGCGCCUGAUCCACCAGUUGUUGAGCAUCCCGUUGAUAUACUGCCCCCUCCGCCUCCACCUCCUCCGUCUCGGCCUUCACGACCUCCGCCACCACAAAAGCCAAAGAUUCCUCGGCCGAUCAAACUCAAGCCGCUUAAGGAAGUGCUCAGGAGACUUAUCACUCAGAUAAAGAGGAAAGACGAUUAUGCAUUUUUCUUGAGCCCAGUGGACCCUGUACAGGUUGCCGGAUAUACUGAUGUCGUGAAAAGUCCGAUGGACUUUGGGACGAUGACAGAGAAGAUAGAGCAAGGCCGCUAUCGCUCUCUUGAACAAUUCAAGGACGACUUCCUGCUGGUCACCUCUAAUGCGAAGACCUUCAACCCCCCUCCAUCUCUAUAUCAUUCAGAAGCUUCCAAAAUUGAAGCUUGGAGUCUAGACCAAAUAACUCGAGCGUCUGCCCAAGUUAUCGAAUAUGAAACAGAUUGGACAAUCGAUGUCGUGGCUGACGAAGGACCAAAGCCAGCAGACGCCGAACCUACGGAUAACGGCCCAAUUGAUUCAGUGGCAAAUUUGGGGGAGACUCCAGCUAAGACUAGAAGCCCAAGUGUCAUGUCUUCAGCUGCGGGAACAAGCAAUAUGCCCGCGGAAAGGACCAAGAAAGGCCUAAGAGGCAAGAAGGUACCUGUAGUCACAGAGAGUUGGGAAGAAGGUGGACAUCUUCCGGGAUUCAAGGAUGGAUUAGGGGUAUUUCCCUCUGGUAGUGAAUUCGCUGCAUUAAUGCUAGAAUUGAAAUUAAGAGGGAAGCGCUUCCGUACGAAAAAGGAACGGUUGAAACGAGAGAAGGAGGGACCUCCAUCUGCAGCAGAUGGAAGUCUUGAUUAUACAGAGAUGGAGAAUCCUUAUACUGUCCUUCGAAGCCUUGCUCCCAAGCCUCUUGCUGUUCCAGAAUUGAUUCCGCUAAUUAAUACUCGAUCAACCCCAAUUGAAUCCAUUGCGAGCAAUCCGGACGCAUCACUACCUCCUGAGGAGAAACAGGAUGUGCGAGUGGACGGCCCAGUCUCUUUUCCACCGGAAUCUCUUCCAGCGAUCCUUUCGGAUCCGAGCAGACAUGCAUUCGUCAAUCCCCCUACGGCAACGACGACAGUGGGAAAGAAAAAAUUACGCCACUGGACGAUCACGCGUAACCCACCCCGGGCGACUCGGGCAAAGGAAGAGGAGGAUGACUCAGGGUCGAAUGGCCCUCGAGCCAAACGACGCCGUAUUGAGCACACUGACUUUGGUACCUUUGCAUCAUUGCUGGGCACUGUUGCUGCGGAGAAUGGACUUCGGGCGGAGGACUUUGAGGAAAUAUUUAGCAGCGACGAAAAAGUCUUGCAACAGAUUAGGCAGAACAUCGAGUCGCGUGAACGACCAUCGCAAUUCUCGGAACCUUUACAGCCAGAAGCCGAUGAAAGAGAGCGUCUGCUUGAUGCUGAUGAAUACGUCCGAGACAUUGUGUAUGGUGGUGUUGAUGGUCUUGCGUACUUCAGGAGCUUGGCAGAAUUUGUGGGCGAAUAUCAUGGACCCUUGAAGCACGAGGGCGACAUGUCGGCGCCACCUGGAGAAUUGGGAAUGCCCCUCGCGCAAUGGGUUGCCUCUCGGAUAGUCGAUCCAUUAACUCUUGGAAACCAUGCAACUCUUCGUGCGGCUGCUGAGACACUAGCGCGUGCAAACGCUUACGGUCAGAAAGACGGGCUGGAGGAAGCGAGUGCACAUGCAUCGCAUGCGAUCGCACGAUAUCUCGCAUUGACAAGAGAAGACAAGUCGUCAGUAAUGGAGCAACUGCGCGAACUGGAAGGACUUGCAGAUCCGGGGGUACAAAUCGAUAUUUCAUCGCUUUUGAGGAAGCCCGAGGAGUUGUUCCUUGCGGAGAAUGAAUGGACAGGUCGUGAGCGGGAGCAACAGCAGAAUCAACCGUCGGGUGAUGGGAUUUCCGCCGAGUCUGCUCCAGCUCCGAUCACGAUCACGAGCGCCGGGACGGGCGUGGCUGCAUUAUUAGGGCUAGGCCUCGCUUCUACGUUGCCAGGGCAGAGCAAUGUUCCAGAUAUUGCGCUUGCGAGCGGUGCAUCAAGUGCGAUUGAACACGCACUGAAUGCAAGUGGUGAAGCAUUGCGUGAGCUUGGCCGGCGGACUUUGGUUCAGGAGAGGGAUGGUAUUAAACACGAGACUGAAGACGACGUCGGCGACGUUGAAGAUCCGUUGAUGCGUCGCACGCGCUUGACGCUGAUUGCGCUUGCAAAGCGAGCCCCGAUCGAUAGGAUUGCUCGUUUACCACCAGAACUCGUCCCGGUACAUAUUCGCCAUAUUGUCCCGACGAUAGGUUCAUGAACGGAUGUCAGUUAUGUUAUCUCAUGCUCGUAGAUAAGUGUUUACCGUAUUGCUGUAUUCCUGAUUGACUCUGUAUCGCUGUUGUCCAAAUAGAAAAGCAAUGUGAAAUGUAGAAUUAUUUUCCCG